AUGGCGUUCCUUGGUAUCAAAAAGAAUCGACAGUCGCUCCUCCAUGGCCUCUUCGCAUUCACCACCUUCUUCUUCGCCACCGAGGUACCAGAUCAGGCCUUUGGCAGAUUGCCGGGGAAAUGCGGACUGCAGCGACUUGCUGGCGAAAUUACUGCCCUCGGAAACCGUGUUUUGAAGCCACUCGCUUUCAAAAACAUCUUCAGUCAUGCCCAAACAUACACAACAAUCUUCAACUUCCUAGCAGUACGCUUCGAAGUCGGUGAUACCUGGGCAUCGACACGAAACAUUCGAACCGGUGCGCAAGCUGCCAAAGUACACCACUGCCCUAUCUGCAAGAAGGAAAUCACCAAGCGCUGUUAUGAUAAACUCCAUUGGGCUUGGUGUGAAGUUCCCCUCAAGAAUGGCGAGUUGUGUGGCGAACGAUUCCAAGUCGUCUCACCCGGGGGCUGCAUGAAGCCAGGACAUGAGUACCACAACUCGGACGAGAACAUUCGCCUCCGAAACUCACGACGAGAGUUAGAUGGUGGUGGCAUGCGGAAGAAGGCUCCGGAUGCCGAGGACACUAUAGACAAAGAAGAGCUCCCUCCCGUUGAAGCACCACCAGCGGAACCAGGACCUUGGUUGACAUAUUGGGAGAAGCCUGAGUUCCGCAAGAAGCCCCCUCCUCCAGCUCCGCCAGCUCCGAAGACUCUCGGGGAGAGGAAGCCUAAGAAGAUGGAGAACACAAACACCUACGGCUCCUUCGUUGAGAGAAUCAAGAACAAGGUCAAGGCCAAAAAGAAUGCGGCGAACUGA